UUUACACAACUUGCCUCAAAAUGCACUGCAUCUGCAAUUAGUUGAGUUGAGUGAAGACAGCUCUAAACCUUAAGACACAGACAAUAGACCGUAUCCUUUUAAAAACUGUGUUUAUAUUCUCAACCUCUGCCUUAAUCUCUGAAUUGUGUUUGGGGGAAAUCUAUAAAGGGAUUUUCUGGGAAAGAGCUGGUUACUUUACCAGACGGAUCCAAGGGUGGGAUUGGUGUGGACUGGAAAACUGCUUGCUCAUUCUAUAUCAGCAGGAGUGCAUGAGUCAGCGCUUGCUCUGUUACACCCAGAGUUCUUGCGACACACACAAACACACACUCUCUCUCUCUCCCUCUAUCUCUCCCUCCCUCUCACAUACUCACACACAGGCCAUGUGACUGAGUCAAGCUCAGUUUUUAGUUUGUAGCUGAGUCGAGAUAAGACUUUCUGGGAAACGUAGCCUGGUUGAACGGCAUUCCAUUUAGACUAACCAUGAGUGCUCAACAGCUGGGACUUUAACACUCUAAGAAACUUCAAUUUAUAAAGUCAGUUUUGUAAGGUGUCCCUGAUGGCCAUGUCCGCUCCCCGGUCAUCUGUGUUUACAUUUGAGUCAACAGUGCAUUCCUCCCAUGUGCUGCGCUGCCUGGACGAGCAGCGUCACCGGGACAAUUUGUGUGAUGUUACAGUGGUGGUGGAGGGUCAGAGUUUCAGAGCCCACCGCUCAGUGCUCGCUUCCUGCAGUGAGUACUUCACACAGAGGAUCUCCUCCCUGACACAGCAUGGAGUGAUCAUCACUCUGCCACAAGAGGUGACAGUUGCUGGCUUUGAACCCCUGCUGAAGUUUGCCUACACAUCCAAACUUCUCUUUGGGAAAGAAGAUGUCUUAGAAAUACGCAACUCGGCUUCCAUACUUGGUUUCAGAGACCUAGACGAGGCAUGCUUUGAUUUCCUCCUCCCUAAGUUCUUCUCCAGCAGCAAGGGCUCUGCCCCCUUUCUGAGAAAGACCUGCUGUAAGAAGAAAUGUAAGAGGCGAUUAUCAAAGGACAACCAUGGCAUAAUCUCUGACAGUGCAUUGUUGGAUGAGAAAGAAGUAAAACCAGUUGCUGACUCACCAUCUCAGCAGGAAGUGGCUUCGCUCUGUAAAAAAUCAGAGAACAGCAAAAUGGGAAGUCAGACCAGUACAGGCAGUCUUACACCUGUAGCUGAAGGGACAAAUGACUAUUUUAUGCAGUGUCCAAAGUAUCGCAGGCAGCUGGCUUGCGUAAAGGAAACUUGUGUCACAGACAAAUGUAUGAAAAGUCCAGCAACUGUAAUCAAGGAUGACUGUAAUCUCUCCUGCUCGCCCUGCUCCAGCAGUUCCAACAGUAAGAAUGAAAGUGAGGUUGAAUUUCCAAGGAAUCCCACCAGACAGAGCAAUGAGGCGGCUGAUGAACCAUGGAAAUUUGAAAUACAUGACAAGAAAAUGGAGGCCGGUGUGGUUAAGAAAGAAACAAAUGAAAGGCAGGGAAAGUGCAGUGAGAAGGAAAGAGAUAUGGAUAUAGGGGAACACAUCAGCUUUUCAGACAGAGCCAAUGUCAAGGCAGUCUCCUCAGGGCCAAGCACAGUGCUGGGUGAGAGUUCAUCAGGGUUAAUGUUGCACCAUUGCCCCCCGAAGACCUUUGGUGAGGGCCCUGCAAUCACUGGGUCACUAGGGCAUGAGAGGUUUGUCAUGGACAUGACAGAGGGCAAGAAAACAAGGGACUCUGGUGUACUAGGGCCAGUAUCUGUUCAUCAAAAGGCAGAGGAACUGGUAGAAAAUGAGUGGAAAAGGGCAGAUGAAGAGAUGGAUUCUGGCUGGCUAGAAAUAAGAAAAGGAGGACAAACAGGCAGCAUGGAGAGAGUGGCCCUGCCAGUAAAUAAUGACAGAGAAAGGAGCACCGUGGAAAGAGACGUGGCCGAGCAUUUAGCCAAGCAGCUGGGCUCCGAUGUGGGCUUGUCUCAGCUGAACUUCCAGGACCAUGAUGCAGGAAGUUCCUCUGACACCGGGAGCGGACAGGGACGGAGCACAUCUUUAGAGUGGCUGAACUUCCGCGUCAACCUCAGCUCCACAAGCACCAGCUGUCCCUUUUUCCAGGAGCUGGACCAAAGCAAAUGUCUGUGGAAGGGAACAGAGCUGUCUGAGUGCGAGGGGGCAUCUCAGUCAGGCGUAUCAUCCCUCAACUCGGGGGAGGAUGGAGACUCAGAGACAGAAACAGAAGGAGACAGCGAGUCAUACACGAGCGAGAGGGCCAGACAGGUGCAGUUACCAUUUUCUGUAGACUGGAUUGUGGAUCUCAGCAGAAACGACUUUCAACAGCUGCUUAAGCAACAGGCCUUUACACGUGAACAGCUAGAGUUUGUCCACGAUAUGAGGCGGCGCAGCAAGAACCGCCUUGCAGCUCAGCGUUGCCGCAAGAGGAAGCUAGACUGUAUCUAUAAUCUGCAGUGUGAAAUCAACAAGCUGAAGACAGAGAGGGAGAAACUGAUCAUUGAGAAGAGCCAGCUGGGCCAGCUGAAGUUGAAAACAUGUCACAGUGUCUCUGUCUUAUGCCAGAAGGUCUGCAACGAAGCCAACCUGCAGCCGGACCAGCUCCAGGUGUUAGCCAAAUACACCUCCCCAGACUGCCCUUUGUCCUCUUUCUUUCCUCACAUAGACGCACUCCUUUCACAGUCAGGGUUGCCACUCCAGCUCCAGCCUUCACUCUCGGCCUCUUUUAUGGGCCUUAAUGACUAUAAUAAUGCGUCUGAGGCGGCUUCUUCCAGCUCCAGCAGGGAUACAGUUACAGGAGAUGGUCAACAUUCACUUUAGAUACACAUCCGGCAAAUCAUGCUGCAGGUGUAUACCAAACCCAUACAAUGGAGCCUGGAGUUAUGAUGUCAAACAUAAAGGUUACCACUCUUUAUCAUACAGUAUCUAAGGACAUUACCACAGACUGUUGCCUGAGUACAGGCUGCAAAAUGAAGCAGGGGUAUACUUGUGAUCUCAUCAUAGUAUGAUAAUACAUUUAUAAUGAGAAGGCCAUAAUCAACGCAUGUUUUGAGUAAAUCCCUAUCUUUUCAAUUUAAGGACUUUUCCACCAAUUAUAAGUAUGUGAUGACCAUGUUUCCAGCUUCGCAAAUAGCUUAUUACAAUUUGCUUAAUGGUAGAAGGCUAAAGGUACCCCCUUACAAAUCAGCACAGCCAGGGUGCAUGUUGAGAAUGUUAAGAUUUUAGCAUUGAGACAAUCACAACUUUAAUCAUAAAUCAAAGGGAACAACAGUCUGUAUAUUUGUAAUGCGCUUCACUGCUUGAUUACCUCAGGAUUAAACACUUCAUCCUUAUAUACUUUAAUUGUUUUAAUAAACAUUUUGAUACAGUUUGAUACAAUAAGCUUCUCAGGUGUUAAUAGGAAAUUCAGUACCUCUUGCAGAGAAUGUUGGUUCUGCUCUCUCUGUGUACAGGGCAAUAUAAAACUGCAUUCUGCACCAAAAACCAGACAACUCAACAAAUAGACCUGACAUAGUGUGCCGUGUUUACCCUCUGGUCGUGUGUCUGGCUGUCAUAUUUCGGGAUGUCAUUGUGGUCACUUAAUCACAGUGACACAGCUCUUCUAGGUUCCACAAACCUCUCAGAGCUUUUGCUUUCACUCACUAAAACAGACCUCACAAAUUUGCCUAAAUAUGUUUAAACAGCUGUCUCAAGAUACUAAAAACAUUAAUGCAUGAACAAAAUACACUUUUAUGAGAAAAGCUGCCUCACACUGUGUAAUGAAAACAAUCGAUGUCCUACAUUAUGUGUCUGUCCCGUAUUGUGGCAGGCAUUAGAUUCUUGUAUCUAUCUACCUGAUUAUCUUGAACACCCUCAACUAAAUUACUGUCAAGGGUCAAAUGAACACUGUAGCAAUAACUCAUUAAUGAAUGCAGUACAAGCUGAUUUAUCUUUUUAUUUUGUGCUUCCCAUGCAUUAAUUCAUUUUCUGUAUCUUUUCUGUUGAUACGCACUUAUAACCUUUCACCUAUUUUCUCGCUGCUUAUAGUCGAUAUUUGACACUCAGGACAGCUUUGCAACUUCUCUUCUAUCAAGUUUCCAUGUACUAUAUGUGUGUAUAUUUAUAGAUUUAUUGUCACUCAUGAUAAUCAUCACAGUGCAGCUGUUUUUUUCUAUUAAAAUUAUUUGUGUAUGAUAUGAAAUGAAUACUGUAAAUACACAUUCAGAAAUCCUGUAUGUAUUGAUUUUUGUUGUUGUAAAUAUUGAGUCACCACAAUGUAUUUUUGAGGACAGUGGGGUUUGAGGGCGCUAAGACGUCUAGUGAUGGUUAAUGACUUAAGAAUGUUUUUUUAGACUAUGUUCAGUCAAAGUAAAGAAUGAUAACGCCGGUGCUUAUUGCCCUCUAGUGGCAGUGCAUGUACAGUCAAUGGACUUACGGCUGUAUAGACGUGUGCUACCAUAUAUGCUGCACAUACUGCUCUUCUACUGUAUUCCUUUAUUUUUUGCACAUGCAAAUCACUGUAUCUUUUUAUGACAAUGUCCAAAUGGAUUUCUGCAUUUUUAAGUUUUUAAGUAAAAAAGAACCAAUCAACAUUAAAACAGAAAAAAUAAUGCUUUCAACAGUAAAAGGUGUUGCUAUCAUCCUCCACUUACUGUAUGAAGAUUACUGUUGUGCUGAGCAGUGAUAAUGAAAAACCAUCAGUAAGGUUAAUGAGAUGUAAAAUCUGUCGGUGUUCAGUGUGAGUGAUGAAUAGCGGUGCUCAUGAGGUCUUCACAGAAUUCAUAUUUCAACUUGGACAGAUAUAUUAAUGAUUUAAUACCGCACUUAUUAUUUUAUGUUUCACCCUCCUGAAUCUCAGUCAGUCUCUCAGUCUCCCCUCUGUUACCUUUAAUGUACUUUUGGAGUUCCUCUUUCUUCUCACUCUUACAUCACUCCUCGUCUCUCCCUCGUUCUCUCUCUGGAGACUAUUUUAAUUAACAGAGACGGAUAUUUCAUCUCCCAAUUGUAUUAUAUGUGAGCAAACAUAGUGUGAUGAUUAGAAAGCUAUACUGAUAUCUGUAAAUCACAGUGAUGUUGGUCAUUCUCACCUGCUAUUCAUGCCCCCAUCAAAAGCGAGAAUUAAAAGAAGAUCAACUUGGCCUAAUAGAUUUUGGCACUAGGGAGUGGGAACCAAGAGUUGCUGAGGUCCCAGGGCUUAAAGAUGAGAAAGUCACCGUAAUAGAGGAGGUAAUUUGCUUGGGAAGGCAUGUGUUGGUGUUCACACGCUGUCAUUAAGUUUUAAAUCCAGUCACACUCAAGUGGCUGCACUUUGGUUUAACAUGUGUGUGCCUGUGUGUGUGUGUGUGUGUGUGUGUGUGUGUGUGUGUGUGUGUGUGUGUGUGAGUGUGUGUGAGUGUGCGCGCGGGCGUGUGUGUGUGUGUGUGUGUGUGUGUGUGUGUGUGUGUUUGUCUGUCUGUGUGUGUGUAGGUGUGUGUGUGUGUGUGUGUGUGUGUGUGGACAUCCAACAGUGUUUAUCUUUCCGCAGAAAUGAGACAUCUUGGGAGACACACUGUAUGAGUCAGUCCUAAUGAUAUGUCACCCUACUAAGCCAUAAAAGUUCAGUUGGUAAAAUAAAAGAGAGGUUAUGCCAGUAAAAAUGAUAGAAGGUG